CCUACAGUGAGUUUUGUGUAUUUAUUAAACUUACAUUCGAGACCUCGCACUUGGUACUUGGUUUCCUCCCGAAACAUCCUCUAGGGAUCCUAACUAGGAGGUCAUAAAAAGGAAGGAGUUUCACCAAGUCAAAGCUAACCUAGAAUGAGCUAUCCACCCCCACCCCCGGGGGGUUACCCACCCCCUGGACCAGGAGGAGGCUACCCUCAACAGCCAGCAUACCCAGGUGCCCAACCUAACCCGGCUUACCCUCCUGGAGGUCAGACAUAUCCCCCGCCCACCCAGGGCUACCCAGGGGGAGGACCUGCUGCUGCUGCUCCAUAUGGUAGUGCACCCCCUCCGGGUUAUGGCAUUGGAGCCCCUCCCUAUGCAGCACAGGGAGCUAUGCAUGGAGCACCUGGGGCACCAGUGUACCAUGCACCUGCAGGCCAUGUUGUUGGAGCAGGAGGAGCAUAUGGACAUGGACAUAAGAAGCACAAGAAAGAGAAGAAAAAGAAACACAAACAUGGCAAGUCCAGCUCCUCUUCUUCAUCUUCAAGUUCAUCAAGCAGCUCAUCAAGUGACUGUGAUCACAAGGGUGGUCACUAUGGCGGCCAUAAGGUCAAAGUCAAGAAACACAAACAUAAGAAGGAUAAGCACUACAAAUACUAAGGACCUGUUUGUUUCUUGUGGAUCCUUGUCACAAUCAGUGAUCCAUCACUGGUUCACUGAUACCAGAACCUGUGCAAUGGAUGGAGUGAACCAGUGUUGAGAUCUCCGAUCAAGAUUCAGAUCUGUGCGAAACUAAAAGGUCCUAAAACUUGCAGAGCUGGAUCCGUCCUCUCUGUUAAUCUACUAGCUCUCCUGUGUUGGAAUGUUAUAGCUGGCUUUCCUUUUCAGGAACUACAUCCUCACUUGCGAUUGGUUGAACAGUCUCUGUAAGAUUCCUUUUCAAAAAUGAUAAGAAUCUUACCUGUGCUGAUGCCCAUCAUUAUCCAGUCAGAUUCUCUGGGUGCAAUUUUCCCAAAAGCACUAAAUAUGCAUGAUUAUAGACUUGUGGGGUCAGUUUUCACAAAGAUUGCAAAUGACACUGGGGAUUUUAUUUGCAAAUAGGAGUAUGUAUCCCAUUUUGAAAAGCAAUCUAAACGUUCUAAAGUCCAUGAGCAAUGAUAAUGUCAAGUAAUCAAACUUUCAAGAAUAAAGAUUUGGACUGGGUUUACCAGGGACAUCAGACAUGAUCAUCCAUUCAAGUGUUGGAUGUAUAGCCACUAUGCUUUGUUGAGCAGAGCCCUCUAGUGACCACAUAAGGGUAAUAAAUAUUAACUAAUCACGGUCCCUCAGUUAUAAGUGCGGGGCAGAAGAGGGCGAUAAAGGAACUGUAGUUAGAUAUAUCCUUUGUAACCUUAUUUUCAGUUAUUUGUUUAAUAAGUAUUUGCAAACAAUUAGUAAAUAAGAUUAAUGUAUUUCAAAUCGAAAGGUACUACAAGCUUUGGUCAGAGAGCCGUAAAGAUCAACCGGUUGGUAACUGUUUUGUGUAGCAUAGCCUUAUUUUCAGUUAUUAAAUAAGUACAGUGUACUUGCAAAUAAUAAGUAUAUAAGAUUAAUAUAUUUCAAAUCGAAAGGUACUGCCAGCUAUGGUCAGUCAGAACCCUGUAAAGAUCAACCAGGUGAUAACUACGGAAUAUGCUUUGUGUAGCGUUCAUCAAAAAUAAAUUGUAAGUUACCAGGAUUAAUGUGUGAUCUGUACCAUCAAGCCACGUGGGGAGACGCUGGUCAGUCGUAGGAGGCGUCAAUAAAGUUGUAGGCAGACUCCCAUCUUGUCAGACUGUCAACAAAAUGAUUGUACAAGUGACGACCAACUGGUUUUUAAGCAAACAACCAAUUAUUUGUGGUUGAUAGUCGCCAGCCUGUCAACUUUCUUGUCAGACUGUCGACCGAUCAGUAUGAAGGCUGCUCAAAUAAGUUCACUGAGUCCGUUUAGUAACAUGGAAGGUGGUUGACUGUUACAAGUCCAAACAAAUUUUACUUUCUAACCAAGUUUAAUAAAAGUGAGUUCCAUUAGAUUUGAUGUUAUCUCCUCAAAUUUGAAGCUGCAGUGGUUCAGAAUUGUGUACGUGCAGCUUUCAUAAACUAUCCAAAAGGUUAAAUGCAUAAUAAACCUAACUCAGCACUGUAACGUGAACCGAAACAUUCGAGCGUAUAAAUUUAACUGAUGCGAAGACGUGUACUACAGUGCUGUUUCAUUGGGUUAUUGUUUUGUUCCUGAUAUUUUGAGUAGUCGAUUUACGAUUGGAAGAACCUUUAGCAGCUUUCCUGGAAUGUGAGUUUCAAACGUUAUUACAAACAAUGAUAAUUUUCCGUUUAUGAAUCAAACUGCACAGCUCUCUCUCUCUCCUUUUGUGCAUCCUUAAUUUCUCUGAAUAUUUAUCUGGCAGUUAAUCUAAAAUUCUCGCGAUUCUUUUGCAAUAAAAGCCUGACCCUGGCCAAAUGUAUGGAUUUAUUCAUGCGAUGCUCAUGAUCGACGCUACUGCACAGGGUCUGUCGCUUUAGCACGUUUGUAUUCAUAUAUCUUAUUUCAUGAUAUUAAAAUUCUUGUAAUUCCCCAUAAGCCGAAUAAGCGUCACCUCUUAUACAAUUUGUGCAUGUAGGCCUAUAUAUUUAUCUAUCCCAGAAGCCAAACAUCAAUGUAUGUCAAAAGAAAGAAUUGGCGUAUAAGCCAUAUCAUAUUGUCAUUGUUCUUAAACACAAAUACUAAAGCAUCAUUGACGUUUAUUUAAUAGAUAUUUCGAGGAUUAUUUAGUUUUGAGGAUUUUCUUACUUAUUUAAUUUUUUAGACGAGAUAAAGGUAUAAUCUGAUUAUUUAUAAAUAUUUAAAGAUGUGA